ACCGUUGCGCCUUGUCUCAGCAAGCAACACCAUCUUCACAAUUCCCACGACUGUACCCGGUAUUUACAAUAGUUUCGCAAUAUUCGCGGUGUGGUGUGCAAUCGAAGCUUGUCCAUCGACCGCGCGUCCGGCCUCUACGCUAGUAUCGCGCCCCGAAAGUUGUUGAUAGCUGGCAAACAGAGUAUCGCAACUGCAACAACUGCAACCAUGGGGUCACUAGGCACAUACUUCCUCGAUUUCGUCUAUUCUUUCACAAACUGCAUGGUUUGCUUUCCAAGCUCACCUCAACUGAAAGUCAAUAGCCGAAGCUUCAAGAUACUGCGGUUGCUAGGCGAGGGUGGUUUUUCCUAUGUGUACCUUGUGCAAGACAAUUCAAAUCAGCAGCUGCUUGCGCUAAAGAAGAUAAGAUGUCCUUUUGGACAAGAAAGUGUCAGUCUUGCGCUGAAAGAGGUUGAGGCAUAUUCACUCUUUGCGCCACACCCGAACAUUAUUCACUCGAUCGACUACUCCGUCGAGACCGACAAGUCAGACCCGUCUGCAAAGACCGUCUACAUCCUCCUUCCGUACUACCGCCGCGGCAACCUACAAGACAUGAUCAAUGCGAACCUGGUCAACCACACAAAAUUCCCGGAACGCAGGCUGAUGGAGCUAUUUCUGGGCGUUUGUAAAGCUCUCAAAGCGAUGCAUCAAUAUAAGGUCAAAGGAGGACCCGGAGGCGGGGCGAGUGAGGGGAAAGCGAAGAAAGUCAGGAGAGACGCUAAGAGGGCAGACGCAGAGGCUGCGGAGAGUAUGGAGAUGCGUCCAAGCAGACGGAAUCGCGACCAUGACGAAGAUGACGAGCAAGAGGCCGAAGGGCUUCUUGAGGAGUCUGAGGUUACAGCGGCACACGAAGGCAUUGCGCCUGGCGGAGAAAGAGCAUAUGCGCACAGGGAUAUUAAGCCAGGGAACAUUAUGAUAGAUGACGACGGCAAGACACCCAUCCUAAUGGAUCUUGGCUCCCUCGCACCUUCACCGACGCCCAUCACAUCACGCUCUCUUGCUCUACAAGUCCAAGAUACUGCUGCUGAACACUCGACAAUGCCUUACCGCGCACCUGAGCUAUUUGAUGUCAAGACUGGUUCCGUCAUUGAUACCAAAGUCGACAUAUGGUCGCUAGGUUGCACAUUGUACGCGUGUCUUGUAGGCAAGAGCCCUUUCGAAGCACGAUCAGAUGAGACUGGAGGUAGUUUAAGUAUUUGCGUGCUGGGUGGAGAUUGGAGGUUCCCAGACGAAGGCAUCCAAAGGGGCAAGCAAAAGGCCAAUCCCGAGGAUGCCAUCUCAGAUAGCGUAAAGGAGGUGGUCAGGAAAUGCUUGAGACUGGAACCAAGUGAACGCCCAGAUGUGGACGAGCUGAUUAGGAUUGUGGAAGACGUGCUGAGGAAUCUGCCCGAGGAUGGCUCGGAUGACUAGACGGUACAAGCGUGGUCUAGCGUGGGGUAAAGGCUACACUGCUUGUCUUGGACGAAGUGUGGCUUUCCUAUUCUUUGUGUGUGGGAAAUUGAAUACUCCAACUUCUAUUUGAUGGCGGACAUGGCUUUGCAUCAAAAUAUACCCCUUUACACUUGAGUUGGCCUGGGUGGUGUGCUGUGACAGGCUUGGGUAGAAGCGAAAUAAUGCUAUUGACAAGGAGAGUCCUGCUUGUCAAUGUCAAGCGUACCCAAUAAAUGAAGAAUAUCCCAAGU